AUGUCAGAGGACGUUGGUGAUGAAGGAGAAGAAGAAAAAGAAUUCAUUUCCUAUAACAUCAACAUAGACAUUCAUUAUGGGGUUAAAUCCAAUAGCUUGGCAUUCAUUAAACGUACUCCUGUGAUUGAUGCCGAUAAACCCGUCUCUUCUCAGCUCCGGGUCCUUACACUCAGUGAAGACUCGCCCUACGAAACAUUGCAUUCUUUCAUUAGCAAUGCGGUGGCUCCUUUUUUUAAGUCCUAUAUUAGAGAGUCUGGCAAGGCAGACAGGGAUGGUGACAAGAUGGCUCCUUCGGUUGAAAAGAAGAUUGCAGAACUCGAAAUGGGACUGCUUCACUUGCAGCAAAAUAUUGAAAUUCCGGAAAUCAGCCUGCCGAUUCAUCCCAUCAUCACCAAUGUUGCAAAACAGUGCUAUGAGCGUGGAGAAAAGCCGAAAGUUACAGACUUUGGUGAUAAGGUUGAAGACCCGACAUUUCUUAAUCAGUUACAGUCUGGAGUCAACCGCUGGAUCCGAGAAAUUCAAAAAGUGACCAAACUGGAUCGAGAUCCUGCAUCGGGAACUGCCUUACAGGAAAUUAGUUUUUGGCUAAACUUGGAACGUGCGUUAUACCGCAUCCAGGAGAAACGGGAGAGCCCGGAAGUUCUCCUGACUCUGGAUAUCUUGAAACAUGGCAAGCGCUUCCAUGCCACCGUCAGUUUUGACACUGACACAGGUCUAAAACAGGCUUUGGAAACCGUGAAUGACUAUAAUCCUCUGAUGAAAGAUUUCCCUCUGAAUGAUUUGCUGUCUGCCACAGAGCUGGACAAAAUAAGACAGGCACUUGUUGCCAUUUUCACCCAUUUGAGAAAGAUCCGAAACACAAAAUAUCCUAUUCAGAGGGCACUGCGUUUAGUGGAGGCAAUUUCAAGAGACUUGAGUUCUCAAUUACUCAAAGUAUUGGGUACUAGGAAAUUGAUGCAUGUUGCUUAUGAAGAAUUUGAAAAAGUUAUGGUAGCAUGCUUUGAAGUUUUUCAGACUUGGGAUGAUGAGUAUGAGAAACUUCAGGUAUUGUUGAGAGACAUCGUCAAAAGAAAAAGGGAGGAAAAUCUGAAGAUGGUGUGGCGUAUCAACCCUGCCCACAGGAAGCUGCAGGCUCGCCUUGACCAGAUGAGGAAAUUUAGACGCCAGCAUGAACAGCUGAGAGCUGUUAUCGUCAGGGUCCUGAGGCCGCAGGUCACAGCAGUUGCACAACAGAAUCAAGGAGAGGUCCCCGAACCCCAAGAUAUGAAAGUGGCUGAGGUUCUCUUUGAUGCUGCAGAUGCGAAUGCCAUUGAGGAAGUAAACCUUGCUUAUGAGAACGUCAAGGAAGUGGACGGGCUGGACGUUUCCAAAGAGGGCACGGAAGCCUGGGAGGCUGCGAUGAAGAGGUACGAUGAGAGGAUCGACCGAGUGGAGACCCGGAUCACUGCUCGCCUUCGAGAUCAGCUUGGCACAGCCAAGAAUGCCAACGAGAUGUUCAGGAUUUUCUCGAGGUUUAAUGCGCUGUUUGUCAGACCUCACAUCCGUGGGGCCAUUCGCGAAUACCAGACCCAGCUGAUCCAGCGUGUGAAAGAUGACAUCGAGUCUCUUCACGACAAGUUCAAGGUCCAGUACCCACAGAGUCAGGCUUGUAAGAUGAGUCACGUUCGUGACUUGCCCCCCGUGUCGGGGUCUAUCAUCUGGGCUAAACAGAUCGACAGGCAGCUGACAGCCUACAUGAAGCGGGUGGAAGAUGUCCUUGGCAAGGGCUGGGAAAAUCACGUGGAGGGGCAGAAGCUGAAGCAGGAUGGAGACAGCUUCCGUAUGAAGCUCAACACACAGGAGAUCUUUGAUGACUGGGCAAGGAAGGUGCAGCAGCGCAACCUCGGUGUCUCGGGGCGCAUUUUCACUAUUGAAAGUACUCGGGUUCGGGGCCGAACUGGAAAUGUGCUUAAGCUGAAAGUUAACUUUCUUCCUGAGAUUAUCACACUAUCCAAAGAAGUCCGGAACCUCAAGUGGCUUGGUUUCCGAGUCCCACUGGCGAUUGUGAACAAAGCCCAUCAAGCGAACCAGCUUUACCCAUUUGCCAUCUCACUGAUCGAGAGCGUUCGUACCUAUGAACGGACCUGCGAGAAGGUGGAGGAGCGGAACACCAUUUCGCUUUUGGUGGCUGGCUUGAAAAAGGAAGUGCAGGCCCUGAUCGCAGAAGGCAUUGCGUUGGUGUGGGAAUCCUACAAACUUGACCCGUACGUACAGCGCUUAGCAGAGACUGUCUUCAACUUCCAAGAAAAGGUGGAUGAUCUGCUGAUCAUUGAAGAAAAAAUAGACCUAGAGGUCCGUUCCUUGGAAACUUGUAUGUAUGACCAUAAGACAUUCUCAGAGAUCUUGAACAGAGUCCAGAAAGCAGUGGAUGACUUAAAUCUGCACUCCUAUUCCAAUUUGCCCAUCUGGGUCAACAAGCUUGACAUGGAGAUUGAAAGAAUAUUGGGCGUCCGUCUGCAAGCUGGCCUAAGAGCUUGGACCCAGGUUCUUCUUGGACAAGCUGAAGAUAAAGCAGAAGUUGACAUGGACACGGAUGCUCCACAAGUUAGUCACAAGCCUGGUGGAGAGCCAAAGAUCAAAAAUGUUGUUCAUGAGCUAAGAAUAACCAAUCAGGUAAUCUACUUGAAUCCGCCAAUUGAAGAGUGCAGAUACAAGCUGUAUCAGGAAAUGUUUGCCUGGAAGAUGGUUGUCCUGUCUCUCCCCAGGAUCCAGAGUCAGAGGUACCAGGUGGGUGUACAUUACGAAUUGACUGAGGAAGAAAAAUUCUAUCGGAAUGCUUUAACACGGAUGCCUGAUGGCCCUGUUGCCCUGGAAGAGUCGUAUUCUGCUGUCAUGGGCAUUGUAACUGAAGUUGAGCAAUAUGUCAAGGUUUGGCUUCAGUAUCAGUGUUUAUGGGAUAUGCAAGCUGAAAACAUCUAUAACAGACUUGGAGAAGAUCUCAACAAAUGGCAGGCUCUCCUGGUCCAAAUAAGGAAGGCCAGAGGAACCUUUGACAAUGCGGAAACCAAGAAAGAGUUUGGACCAGUAGUUAUAGAUUAUGGCAAGGUACAAUCUAAGGUGAACUUGAAAUAUGACUCUUGGCAUAAGGAGGUUCUUAGCAAAUUUGGGCAGAUGCUAGGAUCAAACAUGACGGAAUUCCAUUCCCAGAUCUCAAAGUCCCGCCAAGAGUUGGAGCAGCACUCAGUAGACACAGCCAGCACCUCCGAUGCAGUGACCUUCAUCACCUAUGUGCAGUCUUUGAAACGGAAGAUCAAGCAGUUUGAGAAGCAAGUUGAGCUCUACCGCAAUGGCCAGCGCUUACUGGAAAAGCAAAGAUUCCAGUUCCCACCUUCCUGGCUUUAUAUUGACAACAUCGAGGGAGAGUGGGGAGCCUUCAAUGACAUCAUGCGGCGAAAGGACUCUGCCAUUCAGCAGCAGGUGGCAAACCUGCAAAUGAAGAUUGUCCAGGAGGAUCGGGCCGUGGAAAGCCGCACCACCGACCUGCUGACUGACUGGGAGAAGACCAAGCCUGUCACGGGCAACCUUCGCCCAGAAGAGGCACUUCAGGCUCUCACCAUAUAUGAAGGGAAGUUUGGUAGGCUGAAGGACGACAGAGAGAAGUGUGCAAAGGCCAAGGAGGCGCUGGAAUUGACAGAUACUGGGCUUCUCAGUGGCAGUGAAGAGCGCGUGCAGGUGGCCUUAGAAGAAUUACAGGACCUCAAAGGCGUUUGGUCAGAACUUUCUAAGGUUUGGGAGCAAAUCGAUCAGAUGAAGGAGCAACCCUGGGUUUCAGUACAGCCUCGAAAGCUUCGACAAAAUUUGGAUGCCCUCCUGAACCAGCUGAAAAGCUUCCCUGCCCGGUUGCGACAGUAUGCAUCCUAUGAGUUUGUUCAGAGGCUUCUGAAAGGUUACAUGAAGAUAAACAUGCUGGUGAUUGAACUGAAAUCUGAAGCACUUAAAGACCGCCAUUGGAAACAGCUCAUGAAAAGGCUUCAUGUUAAUUGGGUUGUUUCUGAGCUAACCCUUGGCCAAAUCUGGGAUGUUGACUUGCAGAAAAAUGAAGCUAUUGUCAAGGAUGUACUGCUUGUGGCACAAGGGGAGAUGGCUUUGGAAGAAUUUUUGAAGCAGAUACGAGAAGUGUGGAAUACUUAUGAACUAGACUUGGUUAACUAUCAGAACAAGUGCCGCUUGAUCCGCGGCUGGGAUGACCUCUUCAACAAGGUCAAAGAGCACAUCAACAGCGUCUCGGCCAUGAAGCUCUCUCCGUAUUACAAGGUUUUUGAAGAGGAUGCACUCAGCUGGGAAGAUAAGCUGAACAGGAUCAUGGCUCUCUUUGAUGUGUGGAUUGAUGUGCAGAGGCGGUGGGUCUACCUGGAGGGUAUCUUCACAGGCAGUGCAGAUAUCAAGCACCUGCUGCCAGUGGAAACCCAGCGGUUUCAGAGCAUCAGCACUGAGUUUUUGGCUCUAAUGAAAAAAGUGUCCAAGUCUCCCCUUGUUAUGGAUGUUCUGAAUAUCCAGGGAGUACAGAGGUCUCUGGAAAGAUUGGCAGACCUGCUAGGAAAGAUCCAGAAAGCAUUGGGAGAAUAUCUGGAAAGAGAGCGGUCAUCUUUCCCCAGGUUCUAUUUUGUGGGUGAUGAAGAUUUGCUUGAAAUCAUUGGAAACAGCAAGAAUGUCGCUAAAUUACAGAAACAUUUCAAGAAGAUGUUUGCUGGAGUUUCGAGCAUCAUCCUGAACGAGGAUAACUCUGUUGUUUUGGGUAUUUCAUCUCGGGAAGGAGAGGAGGUUCUGUUUAAAACUCCUGUGUCAAUUACUGAGCAUCCCAAAAUCAACGAGUGGCUCACGCUGGUAGAGAAGGAGAUGAGGGUCACCCUGGCCAAACUGCUUGCUGAGUCUGUUACGGAAGUUGAGAUUUUUGGUAAAGCAACUUCAAUUGACCCAAAUACCUACAUCACUUGGAUUGAUAAAUACCAGGCCCAGCUUGUGGUUUUAUCAGCCCAGAUAGCCUGGUCUGAGAACGUGGAGACCGCACUGAGCAGCAUGGGCGGAGGUGGAGACGCCGCGCCCUUGCACUCCGUGCUGAGCAAUGUGGAGGUCACCCUCAAUGUGUUAGCAGACUCUGUCCUCAUGGAGCAGCCCCCACUCCGAAGGCGGAAGCUAGAACACUUGAUUACAGAGUUGGUUCACCAGAGAGACGUUACAAGGUCCUUGAUCAAAAGCAAGAUUGACAACGCCAAAUCUUUUGAAUGGCUCAGCCAGAUGCGAUUUUACUUUGACCCUAAGCAAACUGAUGUGUUACAGCAGUUGUCAAUUCAAAUGGCAAAUGCCAAAUUUAACUAUGGCUUUGAGUACCUGGGUGUUCAGGACAAACUGGUCCAGACCCCCCUCACUGACCGCUGCUAUUUGACGAUGACACAAGCCUUGGAGGCCAGGUUGGGGGGUUCCCCAUUUGGACCUGCUGGAACUGGGAAAACAGAGUCUGUCAAAGCUCUUGGCCAUCAGCUUGGACGGUUUGUUUUAGUUUUCAACUGUGAUGAAACCUUUGAUUUCCAGGCAAUGGGCCGGAUCUUUGUGGGCCUUUGCCAGGUGGGUGCUUGGGGCUGCUUUGACGAGUUCAACCGCCUGGAGGAGCGGAUGCUGUCAGCUGUGUCCCAGCAGGUGCAGUGCAUACAGGAAGCACUGCGUGAACAUUCCAGCCCCAACUACGACAAGACCUCUGCCCCCAUUACUUGUGAGCUGCUGAACAAACAAGUCAAGGUGAGCCCGGACAUGGCCAUCUUCAUCACCAUGAACCCUGGCUACGCGGGCCGGUCUAACCUUCCUGACAACUUGAAGAAGCUGUUCCGGAGCCUGGCAAUGACCAAGCCCGACCGGCAGUUAAUCGCCCAGGUCAUGCUGUACUCACAGGGCUUCCGCACUGCUGAAGUGCUUGCCAACAAAAUCGUCCCAUUUUUUAAACUAUGCGAUGAGCAGCUAUCUUCCCAAAGCCAUUAUGACUUUGGUCUUCGGGCUUUGAAGAGUGUGCUGGUGAGUGCAGGCAAUGUGAAGAGAGAGAGAAUCCAGAAGAUAAAGAGGGAGAAAGAGGAACGAGGGGAAGCAGUUGAUGAAGGAGAAAUUGCUGAAAAUCUCCCUGAACAAGAGAUUCUGAUACAGAGCGUCUGUGAGACGAUGGUGCCGAAGCUGGUGGCAGAGGACAUCCCGCUGCUCUUCAGCCUCCUGUCGGACGUGUUCCCUGGAGUCCAGUAUCACAGGGGUGAGAUGACUGCCCUUCGAGAAGAGCUGAAGAAAGUGUGUCAGGAGAUGUAUUUGACAUAUGGAGAUGGAGAAGAAGUUGGUGGAAUGUGGGUUGAAAAGGUUCUCCAGCUCUAUCAGAUCACCCAGAUCAAUCAUGGCCUGAUGAUGGUGGGGCCCUCGGGAAGUGGGAAGAGCAUGGCCUGGCGUGUCCUGCUGAAGGCGUUGGAAAGACUCGAGGGUGUGGAAGGUGUGGCCCAUAUCAUCGACCCCAAGGCCAUCAGCAAAGACCACCUCUACGGAACCCUGGACCCCAACACCAGGGAAUGGACAGAUGGGCUCUUCACACACGUGCUGAGAAAGUACGUCUUCUUUGAUCUCUUGUUUUCCAUCGACUGUUACGUGUCGGACCCCAAGCCUGAGCAGUUCCUGCGUCACGUGCCUGUCGUGUAUGUGGAUUACCCGGGCCCCGCCUCCCUCACACAGAUCUACGGCACCUUCAACCGCGCCAUGCUGAGGCUCAUUCCAUCCCUGCGGACAUACGCGGAGCCGCUCACUGCUGCCAUGGUGGAGUUCUACACCAUGUCUCAGGUGAGAAUAAUGUUUGAGGUGCAGGACUUGAAAUAUGCGACCUUGGCCACAGUGUCGCGCUGCGGCAUGGUCUGGUUCAGUGAGGAUGUGCUGAGCACCGACAUGAUCUUCAACAACUUCCUGGCCAGGCUACGCAGCAUCCCGCUGGAUGAAGGGGAGGAUGAGGCACAGCGGCGGCGCAAGGGCAAAGAGGAUGAGGGGGAGGAGGCCGCUUCUCCCAUGCUGCAGAUCCAAAGAGAUGCAGCCACGAUCAUGCAACCGUACUUCACGUCCAACGGCCUGGUCACCAAGGCACUAGAGCACGCCUUCCAGCUGGAGCACAUCAUGGACCUAACGCGCCUGCGCUGCCUGGGCUCGCUCUUCUCCAUGCUGCACCAGGCCUGCCGCAACGUGGCGCAGUAUAACGCCAACCAUCCCGACUUCCCCAUGCAGAUCGAGCAGUUGGAGCGCUACAUUCAGCGAUAUCUGGUUUAUGCCAUACUCUGGUCCCUGUCUGGAGACAGCCGGCUAAAAAUGAGAGCAGAGCUGGGUGAAUACAUCAGAAGAAUCACGACCGUGCCUCUGCCCACUGCGCCCAACAUACCCAUUAUCGAUUAUGAGGUGUCCAUCAGCGGAGAGUGGUCUCCGUGGCAGGCCAAGGUGCCUCAGAUUGAAGUGGAGACGCACAAGGUGGCAGCCCCUGACGUCGUCGUGCCGACACUGGACACAGUCCGCCACGAAGCCCUCUUGUACACUUGGCUGGCCGAGCACAAGCCCCUGGUCUUGUGUGGCCCUCCGGGGUCUGGCAAGACCAUGACACUCUUCAGCGCCCUCCGGGCCUUGCCUGACAUGGAGGUGGUGGGUCUCAACUUCUCCAGUGCUACGACGCCAGAGCUGCUUCUGAAGACUUUUGAUCACUACUGCGAGUACAGGCGCACGCCUAACGGGGUUGUUUUGGCUCCUGUUCAACUUGGAAAGUGGCUGGUGUUGUUCUGUGAUGAAAUCAACUUGCCAGAUAUGGAUAAAUAUGGGACGCAGAGGGUCAUAUCCUUCAUCAGACAGAUGGUGGAGCACGGAGGCUUUUACCGCACCUCAGACCAAACGUGGGUGAAGCUGGAGAGAAUCCAGUUUGUUGGGGCUUGUAAUCCCCCCACAGACCCUGGAAGAAAGCCCCUCUCACACAGGUUCCUGCGUCACGUGCCUGUCGUGUAUGUGGAUUACCCGGGCCCCGCCUCCCUCACACAGAUCUACGGCACCUUCAACCGCGCCAUGCUGAGGCUCAUUCCAUCCCUGCGGACAUACGCGGAGCCGCUCACUGCUGCCAUGGUGGAGUUCUACACCAUGUCUCAGGUACGCAGGGUUUCUUUGCUCUUCCAGAAAUUGUUUUCCUCUCAUAAUGAAGGCACUCUGUUGGCCAGGUAUGUGUGAUAACGACUGCAUCCUUUGAAAGAGCCCACAGCACCCACAAACAUGGUGCUUCUUCACCAUGGCCUGUAGUUACCCAAAUGCACAUGCUGCUCUCCCCACAGACUCGUGGAGGAUGAGGAGAGGCGCUGGACUGACGAGAACAUCGACACGGUUGCUCUGAAGCACUUCCCUAACAUCGACAGAGAGAAGGCAAUGAGCCGGCCCAUCUUGUACAGCAACUGGCUGUCAAAGGAUUACAUCCCAGUAGACCAAGAAGAGUUGAGAGAUUAUGUCAAAGCUAGGCUGAAGGUCUUUUAUGAAGAAGAACUUGAUGUUCCGCUGGUCCUGUUCAAUGAAGUCCUAGACCACGUGCUGAGGAUUGACAGAAUAUUCCGUCAACCUCAAGGCCACUUGCUUCUGAUUGGUGUUAGUGGAGCAGGAAAAACUACCUUGUCUCGUUUUGUCGCCUGGAUGAACGGUUUGAGUGUGUACCAGAUUAAGGUCCAUAGGAAGUACACAGGGGAAGACUUCGAUGAAGAUCUGCGGACAGUAUUGAGACGCUCUGGCUGUAAAAAUGAAAAGAUAGCAUUUAUAAUGGAUGAAUCUAAUGUAUUAGAUUCUGGAUUCCUGGAGCGAAUGAAUACCCUUCUGGCCAAUGGAGAGGUGCCUGGUCUCUUUGAAGGAGAUGAGUAUGCCACCUUGAUGACGCAGUGCAAAGAGGGGGCACAGAAGGAAGGCCUGAUGCUGGACUCGCACGAGGAGCUCUACAAGUGGUUCACCAGCCAGGUUAUCCGUAACCUCCACGUCGUGUUCACCAUGAACCCGUCCUCGGAAGGACUCAAGGACCGGGCAGCCACAUCGCCAGCACUUUUCAACAGGUGUGUGUUGAAUUGGUUUGGAGACUGGUCCACCGAAGCACUGUAUCAGGUUGGCAAAGAAUUCACAAGUAAGAUGGACCUGGAGAAGCCAAAUUACAUCGUUCCUGAUUACAUGCCAGUUGUGUAUGAUAAACUGCCGCAGCCACCAUCCCACCGGGAAGCCAUUGUGAACAGCUGUGUGUUUGUUCAUCAGACGCUUCACCAGGCAAAUGCUCGACUAGCAAAGCGAGGCGGCAGAACUAUGGCCAUCACCCCUCGCCACUACCUGGACUUCAUCAAUCACUACGCCAACCUGUUCCACGAGAAGCGGAGCGAGCUGGAGGAGCAGCAGAUGCACUUGAACGUGGGGCUCAGGAAGAUCAAGGAGACGGUUGACCAGGUAGAAGAACUGCGUCGCGACUUGAGGAUAAAGAGCCAGGAGCUGGAGGUGAAGAAUGCAGCAGCCAAUGACAAGCUGAAAAAGAUGGUGAAAGACCAGCAGGAGGCUGAAAAGAAGAAGGUUAUGAGCCAAGAAAUCCAGGAACAGCUGCAUAAGCAGCAGGAGGUAAUUGCGGACAAACAGAUGAGUGUCAAAGAAGAUCUUGAUAAGGUGGAACCUGCUGUCAUUGAGGCCCAGAAUGCUGUGAAGUCGAUCAAGAAGCAGCACCUGGUGGAGGUGAGGUCCAUGGCCAACCCUCCUGCUGCGGUGAAGCUGGCGCUGGAGUCCAUCUGCCUGCUGCUGGGGGAAAGCACCACGGACUGGAAGCAGAUCCGCUCCAUCAUCAUGCGGGAGAACUUCAUCCCCACCAUCGUCAACUUCUCUGCAGAGGAGAUCAGUGACGCCAUAAGGGAGAAGAUGAAGAAAAAUUACAUGUCCAAUCCAAGUUACAAUUACGAAAUUGUUAAUCGGGCUUCCCUGGCUUGCGGCCCUAUGGUGAAAUGGGCAAUCGCACAGCUUAACUAUGCAGACAUGUUAAAGAGAGUGGAGCCCCUACGCAAUGAGCUGCAGAAGCUGGAAGAUGACGCCAAGGACAACCAGCAGAAGGCCAACGAGGUGGAGCAGAUGAUCCGAGACCUGGAAGCCAGCAUCGCCCGCUACAAGGAGGAAUACGCCGUCCUGAUCUCAGAGGCCCAGGCUAUCAAGGCAGAUCUGGCUGCUGUUGAGGCAAAAGUAAACCGAAGCACUGCUCUUCUGAAGAGCUUGUCUGCUGAACGUGAACGAUGGGAAAAAACAAGUGAAACUUUCAAAAACCAGAUGUCCACCAUUGCUGGGGACUGUCUCUUGUCGGCUGCGUUCAUUGCCUACGCGGGUUACUUUGACCAGCAGAUGCGUCAGAACUUGUUCACUACCUGGUCCCAUCACCUCCAGCAGGCCAACAUCCAGUUCCGUACAGAUAUUGCCAGGACGGAAUACCUUUCCAAUGCGGAUGAGCGUCUUCGCUGGCAGGCCAGCUCCUUGCCUGCUGAUGACCUGUGCACAGAAAACGCCAUCAUGCUGAAACGGUUCAACAGGUAUCCCCUGAUCAUUGACCCCUCUGGACAGGCCACAGAAUUCAUUAUGAAUGAAUAUAAGGAUCGUAAGAUCACACGGACCAGCUUCCUGGAUGACGCCUUCAGGAAGAACUUAGAGAGUGCACUGCGAUUUGGAAACCCCCUUCUGGUCCAGGAUGUGGAAAGCUACGAUCCAGUUUUGAACCCAGUGCUGAACCGUGAAGUGCGGCGAACAGGAGGGAGAGUGCUGAUCACCCUCGGGGACCAGGACAUAGACCUGUCACCAUCGUUUGUCAUCUUCCUGUCCACCCGGGAUCCAACUGUCGAGUUCCCACCAGAUCUCUGUUCCCGGGUUACUUUUGUAAACUUCACAGUCACCCGUAGCAGUUUACAAAGCCAGUGUCUAAAUGAAGUCCUUAAAGCAGAAAGACCUGAUGUGGACGAGAAACGAUCUGAUCUUCUUAAACUUCAAGGGGAAUUUCAGCUCCGUUUGCGUCAGCUGGAAAAAUCUCUACUACAAGCUCUGAACGAGGUGAAAGGGCGCAUUUUGGACGACGACACCAUCAUAACCACUCUGGAGAACCUGAAGAGAGAGGCUGCAGAGGUCACCAGGAAAGUUGAGGAGACGGACAUUGUCAUGCAGGAGGUGGAGACCGUGUCCCAGCAGUACCUCCCGCUCUCCACCGCCUGCAGCAGCAUCUACUUCACCAUGGAGUCCCUCAAGCAGAUACACUUCUUGUACCAGUACUCCCUCCAGUUUUUCCUGGACAUUUAUCACAACGUCUUAUAUGAGAACCCGAACCUGAAGGGCGUCACUGACCACACACAGCGUCUGUCCAUUAUAACGAAGGACCUCUUCCAGGUGGCAUUUAACCGAGUGGCGCGAGGCAUGCUGCAUCAGGACCACAUCACCUUUGCCAUGCUGCUGGCGAGAAUCAAACUGAAGGGCACCGUGGGGGAGCCCACCUACGAUGCAGAAUUCCAGCACUUCUUGAGAGGAAAUGAGAUCGUCCUGAGUGCUGGCUCCACCCCGAGGAUCCAGGGCCUGACUGUGGAGCAGGCGGAGGCGGUGGUGAGGCUGAGCUGCCUUCCCGCGUUUAAGGACUUGAUUGCAAAGGUUCAGGCAGACGAGCAAUUUGGCAUCUGGCUGGACAGCAGCUCCCCGGAGCAGACCGUGCCCUACCUCUGGAGUGAAGAAACACCUGCAACACCCAUUGGCCAGGCCAUCCACCGCCUGCUCCUGAUCCAGGCUUUCCGGCCCGACCGCCUGUUGGCCAUGGCCCACAUGUUUGUUUCAACAAACCUUGGGGAGUCUUUCAUGUCCAUCAUGGAGCAGCCGCUCGACCUGACCCACAUUGUGGGCACAGAGGUGAAGCCCAACACUCCUGUCUUAAUGUGCUCUGUGCCUGGUUACGACGCCAGUGGGCAUGUCGAGGACCUUGCAGCCGAGCAGAACACGCAGAUCACUUCAAUUGCAAUCGGCUCUGCAGAAGGCUUUAACCAGGCAGAUAAGGCAAUCAACACCGCUGUGAAGUCGGGCAGGUGGGUGAUGCUGAAGAAUGUGCAUCUGGCCCCAGGGUGGCUGAUGCAGCUGGAAAAGAAGUUGCAUUCCCUGCAGCCGCAUGCCUGCUUCCGACUCUUCCUCACCAUGGAGAUCAACCCCAAGGUGCCGGUGAAUCUGCUCCGUGCGGGUCGCAUCUUUGUGUUUGAGCCACCACCAGGGGUGAAGGCCAACAUGCUGAGGACGUUCAGCAGCAUUCCCGUCUCACGGAUAUGCAAGUCUCCCAACGAGCGUGCCCGCUUGUACUUCCUGCUGGCCUGGUUCCAUGCCAUCAUCCAAGAGCGCUUACGAUACGCACCACUGGGGUGGUCAAAGAAGUAUGAGUUUGGAGAGUCUGACCUGCGGUCAGCUUGCGAUACAGUGGACACGUGGCUGGACGACACAGCCAAGGGCAGGCAGAACAUCUCACCGGAUAAGAUCCCGUGGUCUGCACUAAAGACCUUGAUGGCCCAGUCCAUUUAUGGCGGGCGCGUGGACAACGAGUUUGACCAACGUCUGCUCAACACCUUCCUGGAGCGCCUGUUCACAACCAGGAGUUUCGACAGUGAAUUUAAGCUGGCAUGCAAGGUCGACGGGCAUAAAGACAUUCAAAUGCCAGAUGGCAUCAGGCGAGAGGAGUUUGUGCAGUGGGUGGAGCUGCUCCCUGACACCCAGACGCCCUCCUGGCUGGGCCUGCCCAACAACGCCGAGAGAGUCCUCCUUACCACACAGGGUGUGGACAUGAUCAGUAAGAUGCUGAAGAUGCAGAUGUUGGAGGACGAGGACGACCUGGCCUACGCAGAGACCGAGAAAAAGACCAGGACAGACUCCACGUCCGACGGCCGCCCCGCCUGGAUGCGGACGCUGCACACCACCGCGUCCAACUGGCUCCACCUCAUCCCCCAGACACUCAGCCACCUCAAGCGCACUGUGGAGAAUAUCAAGGAUCCUUUGUUCAGGUUCUUUGAGAGAGAAGUGAAGAUGGGUGCGAAGCUGCUUCAGGACGUUCGCCAGGACCUUGCGGAUGUGGUCCAGGUGUGCGAAGGAAAGAAGAAGCAGACCAACUACUUGCGCACGCUGAUCAACGAGCUGGUAAAAGGGAUCUUGCCUCGGAGCUGGUCCCACUACACGGUGCCUGCCGGCAUGACGGUCAUCCAGUGGGUGUCCGACUUCAGCGAGAGGAUCAAACAGCUGCAGAACAUCUCACUGGCAGCUGCGUCUGGUGGCGCCAAGGAGCUAAAGAACAUCCACGUGUGCCUGGGUGGCCUGUUCGUGCCGGAGGCGUACAUCACUGCCACCAGGCAGUACGUGGCCCAGGCCAACAGCUGGUCCCUGGAGGAGCUCUGCCUGGAAGUCAACGUCACCACCUCCCAGGGUGCCACCCUGGACGCCUGCAGCUUUGGAGUCACGGGUUUGAAACUUCAAGGGGCCACGUGCAGUAACAACAAGCUGUCGCUGUCCAGCGCCAUCUCCACCGCCCUCCCCCUGACGCAGCUGCGCUGGCUCAAGCAGACCAACGCCGAGAAGAAGGCCAGUGUGGUGACCUUACCUGUGUACCUGAACUUCACCCGUGCAGACCUUAUUUUCACCGUCGACUUUGAAAUUGCUACAAAGGAGGAUCCUCGCAGCUUCUACGAGCGGGGUGUCGCUGUCUUGUGCACAGAGUAGAACUAAACUUUUCUAGCUGCCCCUUUCUGUAAUAGUGAAAGUUGUUAUUUAACAUUUAUUCAUUAUUAAAAUGUUUGGAAGGUCUGAGCUUGACAAGAAAGUGGUUGGUUCGAGGUUGGAGGAAGCUGAAUGGAAUCUGACGGUUGGGAGUGGUGGAAGUUGGGAGGAUACCAGGAGGUAUUUGAGAAGGCCGACGGCAGGGCUCGUUUGAGGAAAUAAAACACUAAGCAUGA